GGAAGGGGAGGAGACUGAGAUCUAUUGCACUGAGCGUCGACAGCAAAGUCCAAGGCAGAGAGGCUCGUCCCCUCAAACUGCACAAGUUUUCCUUCUCCACAGUUGGGCCAGAGUCUGCGACAAACUACCGGGCUGGGACCGAGAGGGCUGAGGCCAGUGUCUGUUUGCGACGGGACAUUAUUGCAAGUACAAUGAGUGAUCGUGCCUAUGUUCUGGUCUCCACACUCAGCGAGACGCAGGGCGUUCCACAAAGAUGUGCAGACGUUAUCAGGGAGCAUUUCGAUGUCGCCACCAUGGAAGAAUUCCUGAAGAACAAGGAGCAGCUUGAAAAUAAAAUCAAGGCUAUUUUCAUGUGGGAGUUUUGUCCCGUCGUAGAUGAGAAGCUUCUCCGCUCGCUCCCUGCCCUGAAGGUGAUCGUGAACAAUGCCGUUGGUGUGGACCACUAUGACCUGCCUUUGAUCUUCAGUUUUGGGGUGAAGGUGGCCAACACUCCUUCUGUGGUGGACGCUGCCACUGCAGACAUGGGCAUGGCUCUGCUGUUGGCGUCCGCCAGGAAUGUAUUGGAAGGUCACAGGAUUGCAACGUUACCAAAUAUUACAGUCUUUCCGAUCAACUUUAAUGGAGUGGAAGUGACCGGAGCGACUCUUGGCAUCAUUGGAAUGGGAAGGAUUGGUUACAAAGUUGCUCAGAGAGCCAGAGGAUUUGAUAUGAAAAUCCUGUACCACAACAGGAAUAGGAGACCGGAGGAGGAGGAGAAGUUGGUCGGUGCUCGCUACUGUGUGAAGAUUGGCGAUCUCCUCCAGGAAUCUGACUUUGUGAUGGUGACGGUGAAUCUGACUCCUCAAACCCGCAAACUUAUCGGGGAAAGAGAACUUUGCCAAAUGAAGCCCUCCGCUACUCUGAUCAAUAUUUCUCGAGGUGCGGUGAUUGAUCAGGAUGCUCUGGUACAAGUACUGCAGAAGAGGAUAAUUCGUGCAGCAGCUUUAGACGUGACUGAUCCCGAACCACUGCCCAGGAAGAAGUUUUGGUAUGACAGUCCUACACUGGGAUCACAACUGCUUUACAAACCCUCGAGUUUGGAGAAUAUGUUGAAACCUCAACGCAGGGUAAAAAAGGAGGACACAAUCCGAAUGAGGGCACUGAACAAAGUCCUUUAUAAAGCAAUCACAGAUCUGCUGAACAGCAGUGAAGUCAGCCCGGAGGUAUUUGACGAGAAAGUGGAGAUAUCCAAAGUUCUGUUGACUGUGGAUUUUUCAGCAUGUCGUGCCUACUGGGUACCAAGCGGAUUGCUUGAAAAAGAUAAUCGCAUUCAAAAAGUCUUAGAAAAAUAUUCUCCCCGUGUAAGACACCUUCUCAUAACUCAUCAAGUCAUGGGUUGUGUCCCACCUGUGGUCUUUGUUCGAGACCGAGAACAAGCAGCAAUUGCUGAGGUAGAGAGAUUGUUAGAAAUUGCUGAUUACGGCUCUGAAGAAACUUCUGAUGUAUCGCAAGUUUUGGACUCCAUCCAUGGGCAAUUCCCCGUAGACACUGCCUUGAAGCCUACACAUCUAGGACCGAUACCUGUCUCAUCCCAGCGGCCAUCAUCCGAACCUGACCAUUUCGGUAUUAACCACGACUUGCUAAACAGACAAAUACUGGAAUAUAAAAAGAAAAAUACUCACCGAUUAAUGGAAACAAAUAAUUUAACAUUGUCAGAGCAGCACCUAGAACAAAUAGCUCAGCUGAAAAAAUUACGACUAAAGAAGAAGAAGUUGAAUUGCAGUUUUGACGACAUUACUCCGGAGAUGUACUUGUUAGAAAAAUACAGCACAAACUCCUCAGACACAUUGUCAGAUAGAGAAGAGGAACUGAAGGAAUUAGGUGAGGACAUAAAAGAGCUAGAAUUAGAGGAAGAUGAUCCAGAAAAUCCAUUGAAAAUACCAAAAGAUUUAAAAUAAACUUUUUUUUUUUAACA